AUGGUAGACAGAGAUGAUAGAUUGCGUAUUGGACGGAUUUUACAACAUGCAUCUAUGAGACGCGAGCGGAGGCAGGCCACCGUUACCCAAGUCGGUACAGCUGAGGCACAACCUACUGGACAACCUUCUUCACCACAUGUCCAGGACAAUCCCUCGACCUCGUAUCCCACCCCAUCAUCGACUUCUUCAUCCCGGAGGCGUCGGGAUUCAGCUGAGGGCUCAUCACAGGCCCCGUCAUUUUGCAGGCCUCGUUGGGAUACUCUUGUUACUCAUCCUGUCGAUGAUGUUGCUCUGGUGCCACCUCCAGAGGUUGAUGACCCACCAGCAGAGAAAGCUAGUCACGACGACGACGAUGAGCUUGAGGGUUUCCCAGGGGGUUCCUCAGAUAUGUCUCUGUUGGUAGGGUAUGCUGACCAUACUGCCAGACAUGUUUGGGAUGGAGAGACUCGUGAGCCGCAGAAGUUCUAUAACCAUGAGAGAAAGAUAUUAUCUUUGAAGCAGACAUAUGAGGCUUGGUUCCAGGAUGUCCAUGCCGCCUUUGGUUUGAAGGACCUUUUGGUAUCAGUUACAACCUGA